GGCCCACCAAACCAUAUCACUUUGAAACAACAACAUGAACCACCACUGUCUUUCUUUCUUUCUCACUUUGCCUCUUCAAGUUCAACUCAAGUAUUUAGUUUCAUCUUUCCAUUUUCAUUCUCCCCUCAUGUUCUUCCUUCACACAUAAACUCAUGGCAACAACAGCCACUACAAACAAGUGGCUCACAAACUUUAUCAACACAAAUGGCUGCAAUAUCCUUGUACCUCAUGUUUCCAAGAGACAACGACAACAACAUUAUCAUCAUCAACAAUCUAUGUAUCUUAUCCACCGACAACAUAGACCAAUAUGUAAGGGAUGCUACCUUUCAAUGAAUGGUUGCAAAGAAGGAGAAAAUAAUAAAAGAACAAGAGAACCAGUUAGGACGAUAGAAACACGAACGUUGCCACCAGUAGCAUCAGCUGCAAUGGCUAUGUACAGUCUCAAAAUGGCCAUUUCAGAGCUAAAAGAAAGCUCUCCAUUUUGCACUUCAUCUGGCAUAGUGAGAGUGGAGGUUCCUAUUGAGGAGCAAGUUGAAGCAAUUGAUUGGCUUCAUUCACAAAACCACCUUCUGCUUCCUAGAUGCUACUUCUCUGGCAGGGAACAGAAAUCUUGCCCUGGAAACUUGGUUAGUAUUGCUGGUGUUGGUUCGGCUGUUUCCUUUUCGCAGUCACAUCCAUUUUCCUAUUGGGAUUGGAUAUCUAUAAGGAGGUUUCUUUCUGAGAGAUGCCCUUUGAUUCGCGCAUAUGGAGGUAUCCGUUUCAAUGCAAAAGCAAAGGUUUCAUCAGAGUGGAUGGCUUUUGGUUCUUUCUACUUCAUGAUUCCUCAGGUUGAGUUUAAUGAGCUUGAAGGAGGAUCAAUGCUUAACAUUACUGUUGCUUGGGAUAAUGAUCUUUGUUGGUCGUGGGAAAAGGCCAUUGUGGCACUUCAAGAAACACUUUGCAAAGUUUCUACUUCCAAUGUAAAGUUUCCUAAGCAAGCUCCUCCAACAUUGAUAUUAAGCAGCCAUAACAUUCCUAGUAAAGAAGAUUGGAAUCUUGCUGUUAAUAGAGCUUUGCAGAUGAUAGAGCAACAUGAUUCCUCACUUACCAAGGUUGUUCUAGCGCGAAGCACUAGAGUAGUGCCUACUGUUAAUAUCGAUCCUCUGACGUGGUUAGCUUGUUUAAAGGUUGAAGGUGGAAAUGCUUACCAGUUUUUCCUUCAGCCACCUAAUGCACCGGCAUUUAUUGGAAAUACACCAGAGCAACUAUUUCACAGAAAACGGCUCCAUAUCACAAGUGAAGCUUUGGCCGGAACCCGUGCUAGAGGACCAUCACUAGCACUAGAUCGUCAAAUUGAACUUGACUUACUUACCAGUCCGAAGGACGACAUCGAGUUUACUAUAGUAAGAGAAAGCAUAAGAAGAAAAUUGGAGGCAGUCUGCGAAAAGGUUAUAAUCGAGCCAAAGAAAAUGAUCAGAAAACUACCAAGGAUCCAACAUUUAUUUGCUCAAUUAACUGGAAGGUUAAGAAACGAAGAGGAUGAGUUUGAAAUUUUAUCAUCACUUCACCCAAGUCCCGCAGUUUGUGGGUUUCCAACAGAAGUGGCACAAGUUUUAAUUGCGGAAACAGAAGUGUUUGAUCGAGGGAUGUAUGCUGGACCUGUUGGUUGGUUUGGAGGAGGAGAGAGUGAGUUUGCCGUUGGCAUCAGGUCAGCAUUGGUGGAACAGGAACUGGGUGCUUUGAUAUAUGCUGGAACAGGUAUAGUGGAAGGAAGCAAUCCAUACUUAGAGUGGGAUGAGCUAGAACUCAAAACAUCUCAGUUCACUAAGUUACUUAAACUGGACUUGCCUCUGAGACAGAAAGUAGAAAGUAAAUGAGCUCUAUCAACUGAUAAGAUUUUAUGGCUUCCUUGUGCUUACACAAUGUCUAUUUACAACAAUUACAACCAAGUGUGUUAUUCCAAUUGAUACGGAGCAUGACAUAUUACCUUAAUAAAAUUGCAAUUAUGGAGAGGGAGGAGAUUUGGUCUAAAUUGGGUGUUCAUUUGAUUAUAGAUUCAAUUCCAUAGUACAUGUUGUAUUAUAUUACAUACGCCCCUUAUAGUUUUUUAUUUGAUAAUUUCAUAUAUUAAAAAAAUUAUGCAGUGUAUUGAAUUUAUCUAUUUUAUGUACUAAUAUUCCAAAGUUGUUUUUUAA